AUGGAUUCAUUCAAUAAGGAAGAAGCGAGCUUCCAGACUGUGUUGAAAAGAUUGCUCGUUAUCUGUGAGUCCCAUAGCAAAUAUCAUGGUUCGAGUUUAGACCCAAUGGUUAAAGUUGGUGGCGAAAUGGGCAAAAUCAGCAGUUGCUUGAAGUGCAUUUUGAGAAAACAUGCUGAAGCUUAUCACAUUGUAUCUUUAUCUCAAUCUGCAGCGAAUCCUCACAAUAGCUUAUUCGCAGAAGUGCAGAUAUUAGAUCUAUAUCACAGUCUUUUAUUUGGCUGUAUGCGUUUACUUCUCGAUAUAGAUAUGCCAUACUUUAGGAUGAAUUCGCAAAAGCAUUUUGCCAUACUACUAUUCAAGGUCUAUUAUAAAUUGAGGGACAUUCAUAAUGUGACAAAAGAAAUGCGACUUGGUUCCUUAAUCAAUGCAUUUAUACAUCAAUUCAAAAAUUGUUAUAACUCUAUGAGCUGUAACUCACUGAGAUACGGUAACGCCCGUGACAUUAUGUCACGUGAACUUCCUUUGAUGGACUCUCAGCCAAUUGAUUUGAAGCAACAUAUCAAGAAGGCCUACUUUCGGCUGGACAUAGAAAAGUUGAAGAUGAAUAACAAGCUAGUUGAAGUCUUUGAGUUAACUAAUGGCGAAAUGGCCAUUUUCGAGGUUCUUUCUGGUGAGAUGCCAUAUACAUUACAAACUGUUGAUAACCUAUUCCAAGCCCUUGAAUCCGGGAACCAUGACUUAAUGGACGUCGGUAGGUCGUUGUUAUUUCAAACAUUCGGAUCUGGGAAUCUUCAUAUAAUUAAAGUUGGCGAUAACGGAGUCAAACUGCAAACGUCGAUAGACAAUGGCAUGGUGCUGAAGCUGACCUGCAAGGAUCCUAUUCAAUGGCAAGCACAUUGGCGAGAUGCUAUUAGAGAUCUUUUUGAUCGAACGGUAGUGAAUAAAUACAUUGGCUACAAAAAUGAUGAUUCUUCGCGAAAGUCUUGUGCAGGACGAAACGAAUUCAAACGCACCCCCUCUAAAGAAAUGGUCUAUACGUCUACUGCCUCGAUGAAAACAUCAAACAUAGCGCAUAGGAGCUCUACUUUGCAUAGAUCAACCCCUCUAUCGGACAGUCUGUCGUCCUUAAUAGAGACCUCCGAAGGUUUUUUUGAAGGAGAGUCAAACUCCAUUUCGAAUCAAAAGGUAGUGGCCGACAAUGAUUCAGACAUUGACACCUCGUUGAAAGAUAUUGAAUCUCUAAGUUGUGAGAAGCUAAUUGAAUUAGAUAGAAGCAUGCAAGUACCUCUUUCGCCUAAAUUUAUGGAUACGCCCACUUUAAAAAACGUUAGAUCGGCUUCUCAAAUAUUUAGCUUGGAGAGCGUCUCUCCGGAAUUAGUAGAGAGUGUCGCAUCGGAAGUUGAUGAUGUUGAAAGUAUAAUCUCUGACGACGAAAAGGAUAGAUGUGAGAAAACUUCAUUUGAUCCAGAUGUUGAUUACUAUAAGCCAGCUUUAUAUCGGCACAAAUCUUCAUCCCUAUUGAGUAUAUUUUCAAGAAACAAAAAGAAUUUAAUUCUUGAUACUUCCAAAAAUCAUUCUAGCGCGUUGUUCGGUUUAGAAGAUAAUCAACCAUCACCUAUCCCGGUAUCGACAAAUUCUUGCAAUAAUGACGCUUAUGAAGAGUAUGUGCCAUUUCCAUCAAGUCUGAACACAUCUAGCAGUGUGGUGUUCUUCGAAAACGACUUUGUUAAGGUUUCUCUCUGGAAUGGAAAAUCAUGGAUGCCAUUGAGUAAAGACAUAAUGUGUCUGUCUCUAAUUUUGUCCAAUAAUAACGAGACCUUAUUAAUCAUAUAUAAAGACUUUGAAAAAGAUAAGUGUAAAUUUGUUGUCAAAUUAGAAUCCAGUUGGAAAUGCAACAGGUCGACAGCGCAAGACGUUCAACUCCAGAUACCUUCUUCGGAUUUCAAAGUUAGUGCAUUUGAAAUAGUUCACGAUCUCACGCUGUCUGUACGUUGUGCACAGGCUCCCAAGUUAAUGAGCGUGUUACAGUAUCAAUUACAGAAUAGUCAAGCACUAUCUCUCUCUCCCUCUACCACCGCAAGAACGUUAUCAACCAUAUCUUCAUCUUCGUGUUUCAGUCGAAAUGUGACGAGAUCAUCGACGGAGAAUUCAGAAUUGGGUAGUAUGAAAAAUUCAUCCGAAAUUAUAAAUUCCUCACUUUUGUUAUCUUCCAUUAAAGUGAGGCAGCACGUUAAGACUAAGUGUAAUAUUUGGAAACCAUCUCGGUUAGGUUUUACUGAUAUAUUUUCUCAGGACUAUAAAGGAGUUGUGGUUGCAAUAAAAUUUGUGAUUUUUUCUGACGCUGAGGGGACGUUGAACCCUAGAGAAUAUACAGCUCGUCUUCACGACCUAAAAAGGCUCGGAAGGACAGGAUUGACAUUUUCAGAUCAGACGGGAGCGUAUUUGCUAGAAUUCAGAGAUCAAGACGUUGCAAAUCACGUUCAUAAAUUGAUCAUGCCCUUCAACUCAUCAUAA